CUUCCGGUUUCUGGCUGGCUGGUUUGAGAGUUUAGGACCCUGGGUUGGUGGGGUCCGAAGGAGCGGGGGCUCCUUUCUCCCGGACAGCUGGGCCUGCAGGGGGUUCAGGGCGCCUUGGGUGUAUCCCCCAGAACAGAUUUCUGAUCCUUAACCUAGCUGUGAGCAUUGUGAUGGAGCUAGAGAAAACACUGUUGGUCUCAGAUUCCAAUGGUUUCGCAGAGAAGGAGAGUUUGAAAAGCCCUUUUACAGGAAAUGAAAGGAAUGAUUUGGAAACUGUUCAGCACAAUAGCCCUAAGGCAAAUCAACUUAAAGAGAGAGCCUCAUCAGAAUGGUUUAAAAGAGAUGACCCACAAUAUUGUAAACACGAGGAUGCAAAAGAAAUGCCACUGGCGUGGUCCCCAGGAGAUGAGAUUUGGUGUGAUGAUUUCUAUGAGGAUGAUGGCAAGUCAGAGAAUCAGGGAAAUUCUACAGAAAAAGAGGAAGCAAAACCCAGUCACUGGGGAUGGGUCCCAGGAGAACACACCAAUACCCUUGUCCAGCAGAAUUCAUCUUUCAGAAACAAGCCCUACAAAUGUUCCGAAUGUUGGAAAAGCUUCAGUAAUAGUUCUCAUUUGCGUACUCACCAGAGGACCCACUCAGGAGAGAAACCUUAUAAAUGCUCUGAGUGUGGGAAAUGCUUUAGUAACAGCUCUCACUUGAUUCAGCAUCUGAGAACACACACAGGAGAGAAGCCCUACCAGUGUAGUGAAUGUGAGAAAAGUUUCAGCAAUACUUCCCAUCUUAUUAUCCAUGAGAGGACUCACACGGGAGAGAAACCCUAUAAAUGUCCUGAAUGUGGGAAGAGUUUCAGCAGCAGCUCUCACCUUAUUCAGCAUCACAGAUCACACACAGGUGAAAAACCGUAUGAAUGUCCUGUUUGUGGGAAAUGCUUCAGCCACAGUUACGUCCUAAUAGAACAUCAGAGGACUCACACUGGAGAAAAACCUUAUAAAUGCCCUUAUUGUGGGAAGGGCUUUAGUCAGAGUUCCAGCCUGAUUCGCCAUCAGCGGACACACACCGGUGAGAAGCCCUACAAAUGUCUUGAGUGUGGGAAAGGCUUUGGUUGUAAUUCUACUCUGAUAAAGCAUCAGAGAAUACAUACAGGAGAAAAACCCUACCAGUGUACAGAAUGUGGGAAGCUUUUCAGUCGAAGUUCAAACCUCAUUACACACCGGAAAAUGCACACAGGAGAAAAACCUUAUGAAAGCUCUGAAUAUGAAGAAAGUUUGAGUCAGAACUGCAAUGUGAUAGAAGAAUGCAGAAUCCAGCCUGGAGAGAAACCAUAUAAAUGUUGUGAGUGUGGAAAGAGUUUUGGCCUCAGCUCCCAUCUCAUUAGACAUCAGAGGACACAUACGGGAGAAAAACCUUACAGAUGUCCUGAGUGCUGGAAAACUUUCAGUCAGAGUUCCACCCUGGUGAUUCACCAAAGGACACACACCGGAGAGAAACCUUAUCAAUGUCCUGACUGUGGUGAGUGCUUCAGUCAGAGCUUCAACCUCAUCAGGCACCGGAGGACCCACAUAGGAGAGAAACCUUACAAAUGUACCGACUGUGAGAAAUGCUUCAGCCGAAGUGCCUACCUCAGUCAGCAUCGGAAAAUUCACAGAGAAAAGGCUUUUAAGCCUCCUGAAGUUGAAGGGUUUCCUCAUGAGUGGACUUGGAAAAACUGUUUAGGGAAAAUGGCCCUCAUUUCUUCAUUUUCAGUCCCAAAUUCAUCUCCCUCUUGAGUUCCAAAGCCUGUUGUUACUGUUUUUUCGUUCUCUUUUGUUAUUGGACUGUUAUAAUUAAGGUAUUCUCUGAUCAGUGUGCUACUAAGUUUUUUUGGUUUUGUUGUCAAAAUACCUAGAAAACGUCAACCUCUCGGUGUAGAGGAUGGAAAGAUCCAGAUUACCAGGUCAUUGAGUCUGCCCAAUGGGAGAGACUACCAAGGAUGGAGAAAAAGAAGUUGUUUUUGAUUUACAGUAAGAUAGGAAGAGCUUCAAAGGAAAACGUAAAGAACAACCCUGAGAGUAAAUAAAAGGACCCCUGAGAGCUUGAAGCUGAGAGUGACAUUAAAUUGCCUUAUUUUCUCUUGCCUGAUUGGGUGGCAAUAAAGCAUUACUGGCCUCAGGGAAUUAAUCAAAAAAAAGAUUCUUUUUGAACAAAUAAUUGUGACUUCCUGGCCUUUUUGUGGGAUCUUAAGGAAGAAAAUAUUCUUUUUCAAAUGCACUUUUAAUUGCUGGACAUUAACCUUUGUAGUAUUUAGACAUGCAGUGUCCAAAACAAUUGCUACUAGUCCCAUGUGGCUAUUGAAACUUAAAUUUAUAUUGAGAUUAAAUGAAAUUUAAAAUCGAGUACCUUAGUCACACUCGCCCCUUGCUACGUGUGCAGUACCAGCCCCGCGUGACUGGUGGCUGUACUGAAUAUCACAAAAAGUUCUUUAUUUCAAGGUCAUCAUUCUUGACAGACUCAUAGAUAUUUCCUACAAGACUCGUAUUUCCUAUAAACGUGCUCUGGGAUUUCUGUUCUCCAAGAGGGACUGCAGUAUAGAAUAGACAUGUGUUAGAGUUUUAAAGGCACUGGGUCUAGAGAUUGGCCAUUCUAAUGACUAUGUUUUAAUUUAUGUUUGACCAUCUCAGUUAUCUAGUGGUCUGAUCCCAUUGUCUUGGCCAAAGCCAGAUUAGGAAGAAGGAUACUUGAAUUUUUUUGUUUUAUGAUUUUUGACAAAAAGUCUUUACCCUUCAGUUUUCCCAUUUCAUAAUCCCUGGUCAGAUCAGAAACUGGGUUCUUUUUAAAUAAUUAACCCACCGAGUCUGAGCCAGUGUCCAGGGACAGUCUGCCAUUGGAGACCAAGACUCCUUAGUUGCAGUCUCGGCAGUUUUCUUUUGCUUCUUGACUUACAUGGCACACGGGUCUGAUAACCGAGACCCCAACCUCCCUGCCCAUCUGUGCAAUGGGAGUGAUGCUUUGUAAAGUAGCAAGACAUUUCCUAUUCCCCUAACCACACUUUUUUCCUGCUAGUUCAGGAAGCAGACAUGUAGGAAAUUAAAGUCUCCUGAGUUGCCCAGGAUUUCAUCUCAUUUUUGGAUUCAAAAUACAUUUGAUGAAGUAUACAGAGAGACACAGAUUAGGAAUGUGGAGCCAGGAGGGUCCAAUCAGAGCUGCUGUAAGGGCUAUACCUGUGGGUAACUGAAUUGCACGGUGAUCAUUUAUUCUUUCAUGAUUGUGGUGUACCUGGUACUGGCAAGGCAACUGUGUCUUUUUGUAUGAUUACAGGAUUAAAAAAUAAAGGAGUAAAAGAUACCAAAUAAUGGUAUUUAUGAAAUAUUUGAGGUGAUUUUCUGCUUUCUAAAAUGGGGAGAACAUUAUUGGGCAUUAUUGGCUUUAAAAAAAAUUUUUUUUCUUUUAAUUGGGGAAUAUUGGGGAACUGUGUUUCUUCAGGGCCUGUCAGCUUCAAGUCAUUGUCCUUUAAUCUAGUUGUGGCGGGCGCAGCUCAGCCCCAAGUUCAGUUGCUGUUCUCAAUCUUUAGCUACAGGGAGGGCAGCCCACCAUCCCUUGUGGGAAUUGAGCCAGCAACUUGUUGUUAAGAGCUCGCGCUCUAACCAACUGAGCCAUCCGGCCGCCCCACAUUACUGGCUUUUACGUGAACCUCUCCUAAGCAUCUUUUUACCUUUGUAUAUUAUAUAGGAUUGUCCAAAUUGUCUUAAACUGUAAUAGCUGAGAAGUUUUUACACUACUUUUUUUACCCACUAAGAGUUUGAUUAAUGUUUGAUAAUUAAAUUUGGGCAUUUACUAUUGAGGCUGAAAUUCAAUUACAAGGCAGUGGUUGUACAAAAUCAUUGAUCACAUGAUGGGUGGCAAGUAAUUGCUCUGAACCUGUUUUGUCAUCUGUAAGGUGGAGAUAAUAUCUACUUUACAGGGUAGCUGUAAGGACUAAAUAAUUGUUUGCAAAGCAUCUAGCACAGUGCUCAAAAUAAAACAGGGUCUAAAUAAGUGGUAGUUGGUUAUUAUUGAUUGAAACAUUUCAAAAAGUGUCCUUUACACAUUUUUAGAAGUAGCAAGACAACCCCAAAUUUAUCCAACACGUGGAUUCUUUAUGACCAACCUCAGGAACCCUACGGGAGAAGGUAUUAUAAAAGCACAAGAUUAUUUUGUUUCAGGUUUGUAGACUGUUAAAAACACUUUUGCUUGGUUCAGUUUUUUUGUUGUUCAAAGGAUUGAGUUUAAGUAAGAACAAAAUAGCAAGUUCAAUUUAAAUUAAUUUGCAUCUGAAGAGAUUAACAACAGGUCCGAUUUAUGUCCUGUCACCUACACUAUGUUUUAUGACUUCCCACAAUUAUAUAAAACCUAAUUCAGGGGCCAGCCUUACUAUUCAGGGGCCGGCCUGGUGGCUCAGGCGGUUGGAGCUCCGUGCUCCUAACUCCGAAGGCUACCAAUUCGAUUCCCACAUGGGCCAGUGGGCUCUCAACUACACAGGGUUGCCGGUUCAACUC